AGCAGAGAAUGGCCUUGGAAUGGAAUUUGGCGGUCGCGGAAUUCUGCGGGAGAUCAACAAAAACGAUGGCGGCAUUAAGGCAGACAUGAUCGGGAGGCAGUGAGAAACGCACGCGACAACAGAUCGUGAGAAACCCGGCGGUAUUACCCAAUAUAAGAAAGCGAAAAAUCACGGUAAAGAUUUUUCCGAGUAGGCGAGCCCAAAUCUGUGUCACAACGGAAACUAGAAAAAAGGGAAAAAACACUAAAGACCAACCAAGAAAUUCUAUAGAUCCGAUGGUUUAUGGAACCAAGUGAACCGUAUCGCGUCUCAGGAGUUAAUCGUGCGUAGAGCGGCAUGGACUUCCUCGCAAGUAUCAUCAAAAGGCCAAAGAGCAUCGCUACCACUGGCAUCACCACCAAUCAGCCAACGACAAUGGACGCCUUAGAAGCUGCUAGUCCCACUAAUGAUUGUUCUACACCAAGGGAUAAAGAAGGACUUCCACUUGUAUCCGCGCACCUGGACACGUUACUACAGUCCGCCUCUGAGGAUCUGCAGCGACUGGAGGAACAGCACUGUAAUUUAAUUAUGGAACCCAUCUCGAGCCCACUUCCAGCCCACGAGGACACCAGUAGUAGUAGAGAAUCAAUACAGAAAUUUCUAAGCGAAAUAAACUUCAAUCUGAACCAAGUUAGUGAUAACGAAAUGGAGCACUUGCAAGCCAUGAGUGGCGAGCUGAGUCCGCUGGCGGUGAAGCCCAUUCCCAAGCCGACGAGCAUGGAGCAACAGAAGGCAAUGGCGGCAGCUCUGGGACAUCAAACGGCGGUAGCCGGUGGUCUUCAGCUAGACGCGGACAUGGUUCCAAAAUUUGGAGGUCUUCCCGAGUUCGAUGAGACGCAAAUACCGGAACUGGCUCCUUUAAGUACCGAUAUAGACACUCAACUGAAAUCCAACCAUUCUGACUCGGAUGUUUUUGUCGAGUGUUUAUCGCUUCAUAGUGAGCGCUAUACCGGAGAUCGAUCGGAGUUAGAGGCCUAUUCAAGUGCCCUUAAUGAUGUUUUGGAGCAGCAGCUGUCCAUGAGCUCAGUUUCUGCACUGGAAGCAGAAUUCAAAGAUCCUUUGCAAGUUAGCCAGCACAACAACGACAGCUAUGAAGCAAUGGAUGUGGAUGAAAUAAACGAAACCAUGGAAAUGUUAAAGGACGUUUUGGAAUCUGAAGACCAUCAUCUUAUGCAAACGCAUAUUCUCAGCGUAUCCCAGUCAAAAAAAGAAAAUUCUGAGCAGUAUAAUCAAAAUCAGGAGCAAAAAAUAGAUCAAGAUCAGUUAGCUAAACACCCUGGAUCCAAUAGUGAUGCAAAGGAGCCUCCAUUAAUAGAAUCAGUAUUGCCUGAGGAGUCUGGUACGCCAUUACCUGAGCCGGAGCUCGCCUUAACUGCCUUGGACUCUGCGAAUGACUUAGCUAAGCAUCAUGAGGAAAAGCAAAAGGAUACAGAAGAUGUGUUUCAGAAAGAGGACCACCACCCGAUCUGUAGUGCACAGAUGAGGAACGCACAAAAUCCUCUGGAAUACCUUAAUCAAGAGAAAUUUUCAGUUGCAGUAGAAUCACCGGAAAGAACAUGCACUGCCAUCAACCUUGAGCAAAAUGCAUCCCCAGCUAUAGAGGCAACUGAAGACAGGACUGUGGAGGAGCUUGAGCACAUGGAAGUGGAUGACUCCAUGAGAGUGGAUGAGACCAUAAUGCUUGCCUCAUCUCGUCAGGAGCAAAAUAAUGCUCAUUCUCCCGCUCCAAGCAAAUCUUUCUUAAAACUCUGCGGGAAAAAUGAUAAGGAUUUUCAAGAUAAUAAAAUGGAUAAUAAAACUGCAGGCAUAGAAAGUCCAUUGAAAAUGGAUGAAAUAGAGAUACCGGUAGAAUCUGUCCCAGCAGCGCUGACCUUGCCCUUGCCGACACUUCAAACCGAAAGCAAGGACCUGCCCCUUUCUCCGCCCAUACCUACACAUCGCCCAAAGACAGCGGAGGAACUAGAGUUCCUGGCUCUGAGGGAGUUACCCUUGCCUGAUGAUGUCCCGACGGGUGAGAAGGUGGGAGUAAAAAAGCUAUCCCACGGUCGCACGCUCGUUGCGGCAGUCACACCAACGCAGCUGAGAUCCACGACGCAUCUCUCCUUGGAUCUGGAUGGAAAUAGAAGCACUGCAAGCCUUCCACAACCCACUUCGCCUAGUUUCCCCAUCAGCGAACCCGCUGAAAAACAGUCCCACUUUCCACGCUCACCCCAUGCUCCGCCUGAGCAAAAGGAAAUGCCCUAUUUGGAAGAAGCUGUGGUAGAACCUUCUUCAAAUCGCAAGGAAAGCGUUUUCGAAGCCGGAGUCAUCGCCAAAUCCGCGAUAGUCUUUGAGUUAACACAACCGAGUCCGCAGAAGCAGGACCUCAACGAAACCUUGCCCAUGAGCGAGAUUUCUCCAACUCCCUUAAAUAUGACCUUUGACAGCGAAAGCAUUACGGAGAGCAAAUCACAGAAGGGUACAGAGAACAUUGAGGCUUCCUCCACAUUCGCCGUAAGUCUGGGAUCGGUCGAUGAUAACCAGCGCCGCACUUUCUCGGUGCUUCAGUCUACGACGGAAGAGAAAGAGGACAAAUCGCGUCGGACUUUUUGUAUGCAAAAGGAGAACCCACGCCGCACCUUCUGCAUGGAGCAAAAUGCUUCUCCAGCAUUGGAGGCCACUGAAAAUACCGGGGCUGAUGACUUCAAGGAUGUAGAUAUCUCUAUGAAGGGAGAUGAUGUAGCCGCCAUGAAGUCGCCCCAGCAAACUUUGAAGGAUCGCCAAGCACCAAUUUCAAAUUCACCACCUAUUCCUACCCACCAACAUUUAAAUAGACUCCCUAUCCAUGAGGCGAAGUUUCCGGUGUCACCAUUGGGAAAUGGUACCGUUGUGUUGGAGGAGCAGGCUCUCUCCGCCAAAGAGCAAGCCACGCUAAGCGCCAGUGAUGAGAAGGACGAUGUUUUCUUGGAGCACUUUGGUGUUAUUUCUCCAGUUUCGGAUGACAUGUUCAGGACCAUCAGUGGUUCCGACGAACAAGCAAAGAUUAGGGUCAAUGCUGAUGUGGAGAUUGGAGGAAAAAACGCUGCUGCGAUGAACAGGAAGAGGGGUGGUGCAACCGGCGAGCAGGAGGCGAUUAUUGAUCCGGAAUUCCAGGAUGGCGCCAACAUACAAAACCUAAUACUGAAUUCAUCAGAUUUUGAUUAUUUGUACACGAAAGGCAGCAAUAAUGCGCCUAUCGACCGCAGUUCACUGCUGCUGAAGUUCGAUCCCCUCCUUGGAGUCCCUGUUGCCGUUAAUCAUCCGAAUCAGCAGGAGCAGGCGCUGCAGAAUAUUCUGGGAUCGAACCAGUAUCAAAACCGGCUCCUUAGCCCAACAUUGGAGGAGCACGAAACAAGUGACGGGAACCAGUCUGCGGGAUUAAUAUCGAGUGCCAAAGAUACAGCCAAGAAAUGGGAUUUUAAGCCACCUGUGUAUAGAACAAAAAAGCAUGUUAAAAUGAGUGUAGACGUCAUUGAUAACGAUUGCAACAAAACCUUCGACAAUUCCAACCCCAAUACGGAGGAUAAGACGCAGAACUACAACGACAUGGAUGAGCUGGAGAAGAAAAUCAAAAAUGAAGUAACAAGGUCCGAAGACAUUGAAAAGAAACUCAAGGAGGGAGAGCAGCGCGAGGAAGCACUGAUCAAGCGUAUUACGGAGAAGGACAAGACAAAUGCAAAACUGAACGGUGUCAUCGAAGCAUAUGAGAAGGCAAUCGCGGAGCUCAUUAGUGAGAAGGAGCAGCAGGCGCAGCUCCACGAGCGCCAGUUGCAAGAAGUCCAGACAGACCGGGACGCCAAUUACCAUCACUUAACGUCAUUGGAGACGACAUUUUCCGAUCUGCAUGUGAAAUACGAAAAAAGCAAAGAGAUGACCUCGCAGCUUAAAAGCAAUGAGGAAUCCCUCCUGGCGGAGCGGAAGCAGAUGAUGGACAAUCUACGGUUGCAGGAACAACGCUACGACAAGAUGAAGAACCAUGCCAUGCAGCAGCUGGAAAUUGCAAACAAAAAGCUGGACACCUACGCGAGGGAGCAUGCCGACGAGACGAAAAAACUUAAAGCUUUACUCAAGAAGGAGGAGAUCUCGCGGGUCUCGAUGACGGAGCAGCUGCAACAGAAAUCGCGCGAAAACGCCGAUUUGCUCAAGAUCUGCGAAGAGCUCAUCUAUGGCAAGGGACAAGGUGGUAGUUAAACUCAACUCGCGGAUUGCCCGGAAUGUAAUUUAUAUGUUGCUGUAAAAUCGCACACACCCUCAUCACAACACUCAUUUGGCAUAUGCAGCCUUUCUCGCAACUAGCAUGUCCGUAGAUUUGUAACUGCGCCCCCAUCGUCGUCAUCUCCAUUUCUGCAAUGGUGUUAUAACCGCUAGGUUGCGUGGUCUUCAGAAAAUGCAUAUGCACACUUGUAUCAUUUGCCAACUCUACUUAUGUUCAAUUUCAAGAUUUACACCUAACGUUCCGACGCAUAUUAUACUUUUUCUAGAUUUUUAGUUGACCCGAAAACACUCACACAAAUCGCAGGCAGAUCAAUUGCGUUCCGUUUGAGUUCCGCUCGCCUUACGGGUCUAGUUGCCCGGUAUAUGUUACUAGUUCUGUAUCGUAUCGAAUCUGUCUCCUGAUUUAUGUUCUAUGAUAUUACUUGGCGAAGAGCUGUGCCGGAAAACUGUGGUUAAUCAAUUGGCCAGAGAAGCGAAAUGCUAGUGUGCAACGGCAGCUAAUUCAACGGACAAAUGCAAAUUGUAAGGAACAGCGUUCGCUUGAGGCGCGCUUUUAUAAAACGUUUAAGUUUACACUUAGUUUAUUAAAUUGAAAAUUUGUAAUAGUUGAACUAAAACUGUCUCCAUAAUACAUACUAGUACUAAAACAAGGAAGCGUAAAAAACAUAAGAGGAACUUUUUAAAUACACGAAAUAAUUUAUUUAUGCAUAAUACAACACUUUCGUUUACUUUGUUCAACUUGUAAUUCUUAGGUUGCGCAUUAUGUUAAGAGGAAGAAGUUGCCUUACAUAGCAAAAACAAAAAAGUAUAAAAACAGAUGACUGAGACCGAAGCGCAAUGACCUCACAUUUUAUAAGUUGAGCUCCCUUAGAUGUUUCGAGCAGAUCACUGUUUCUAGAGUUUACAUUCUAAGAAAGUCUGUAAGCUACACGAUGUUUAAAAAAUUUAACAAUGUUUAUUUUACCAACAAUGUUGGUAAAUAUUUGGAAAAGACAAAAAAUCGAUUUAAAUAUGGGGCUAUGAAAUUCUUAGCACUUUUCAUAUAGUGAGAACACAACCCAACACAACCCCAGUAAACUUGACAGAAGUCCUAAUAAAUUGAACUUCCAAGUAAGAAAAUGAUUGUAUUCUAAGAAUAACAUAAACUUGUUUAUCACCAAAGGAAAACAAAAUAGAAUUGUAUACAAAUUUGUACCCAGUCCAUGUAAUCUGAUAAACGCUACUUCAUAAUAUAUAACAUCAUACAUAUAUUUUUCUAAAGUAGAAACCACGGAUCAAACACUUGCGCUUUUAGGAAACGUUUUCGAGGAGAGAACCGGAAUAACUGUUGUAGUUUGACGUUUGGAAAAGAAUGGGUUAUAUAUCAAUGCGCUGUAAAAACACAAAUACUCGUAGUAUUACAACAUGCCAGCACAUAUGAACUACGAUGUGCUGAGCAUGUGAUGUACGUAGAGGUGAUUGAUUAAGAUGCAUUCAGUAAAUAAAAUAUUUAAUUGCAUUAAAACCGAA